GCACUGCCCCUCCCUUGCUUCCUCCAAUUCCCUCCUUCCUCUCCUAGUUUCUUCCCUCCCUUCCCGCCCUACUCCAUCCCUCCCUUCCCACCCUACUCCUUUCGGCUGCUCUGGUGCCCACCCCCAGUGCCUCGAGGUCGAGGAGAGCUCCUCGGCCCCGCAGGACGGGGAGGAUUCUGUACAGAUGAGCAUAACCUGCAUACAACAAAACAAGAGGAGACAGCAAAGGAGACAGGGAAGAACUAAAGAGCUGGUUAGAGAAGGAAGAGAAAGAUGAGGUCUGCCAUGGAAGCCCAAGGAACAGUUUGCAGAAGGAGAUUCAUUGGUCAACAGGGUCAAGUGAGGCCGGGCGCAGUGGCUCACGCCUGUAAUCCCAACACCUUGGGAGGCCGAGGGCGGAUCACAAGGUCAGGAGUUCGAGACCAGCCUGUCCAACAUGGUGAAACCCCGUCUCUACUAAAAAUACAAAAAUUAGCCAGGUGUGGUGGCGUGCACCUGUAAUCCCAGCUACUCAGGAGGCUCAGGCAGGAGAAUUGCUUGAACCCGGGAGGCAGAGGGUGCAGUGAGCCAAGAUCCCACCACUGCACUCCAGCCUGGGCGACAGAGCGAGACUCAAUCUCAAAACAAAACAAACAAAAACAAAAAACAAAACAAAACAAAAAACAGGGUCAAAUGAGAUAAGAAGCCCACUGGAUUUGGCUACUGGGAAACUGCUGGUGGCCUUUGCCAAAGCUAUUCAGAUUGGGGGGCGGAUGGCUGCCAUGUUGCAGGUGGCUGGAAGAGAAGAAAGAAGUGAAGACACUGAGCCUACUGAAGAUGUAAACAGGUUACCCAGCUGGGAGAGAGGACAUCUGCUGGCUGGUGUGGCGUCCAGCACUGAUGUGUCUACCUUCUCUGAAGGUGACUGCAAGGAGCCUGACAAGUGCUGCUGGAGACACAAGCAGUGCACUGGGCACAUCAUCUACCCUUUCGCCUCUGACUGUGUCCGCCACAGCCUGCACCUACACUCUGUCAACCACUGCAACUGUAAUUCUAGGCUGAAGGACUGUUCAGAGGAUAGCAGCAGCUCCCAGGGCGCGGGCCCAACCUGCUCCCAUGUCAUCGAGUCCCCUUGCUUUGAGCUCACACCGGAGGAGGAGCAUGUGGAGCGAUUCCAGUAUGGCUGGUGCAAAAGCUACAGACCUGUUUCUGUGGCAGUGAUCCACCAUCCACUCUACCAUGAGUGUGGGGCAGAUGAUCUAAAUGAAGAAGAGGAAGAGGAGGAGGAGGAGGAGGAAAGCAAGCCCCCCAUCCCGACGCAGGUGGGGCCCGCCACCGCCUCCCCUGACCUAGGCACCAGCAUGGCCACUGGUACCCCUGACUCCACAGCGCCCAUCACCAUCUGGCGCUCUGAGAGCCCCACAGGGAAGGGUCAGGGCAGCAAGGUGAUCAAGAAGGUAAAGAAGAAAAAGGAAAAAGAGAAAGACAAGGAGAUGGAUGAGAAGGCAAAGCUGAAGAAAAAAGCCAAGAAAGGCCAGUUGACUAAGAAGAAAAGCCCGGUUAAAUUGGAGCCUUCCCCGCCAGACGUGAGCCGAUCAUUAAGCCCAAGACAGCUGGCCAGGAUGUCCGAGUCCAGCCCAGAAAGCCGGGAAGAGCUGGAGAGCGAGGACAGUUACAAUGGCCGGGGGCAGGGAGAACUGUCCAGCGAGGAUAUUGUGGAAUCAUCAUCGCCCAGGAAGAGAGAGAAGAACACAGUCCAGGCCAAAAAGACAGGGGCAAAGCCCUCACAAGCCAGGAAGGUAAACAAGAGAAAAUCUCCCCCAGGAUCAAACCCCAACCUCAGUUGAGGCCAGGGUGGUCAGGGUGCAGAAUAAAUGCCAUCGAGCCUG